UCACUUCUUCUUCAUUCUCUCUCAACUUAUGCCAGUGAAGAACUAAUUGAGGAAUAUAUUCACGGUUUGGAUACACGAGGCGUUCAUUAUAUACGUCGGUUUGGUCCAACACUUCAGGAUGCGGGUUUCUUUUUUCCUCCUGAACUUGGAAUAUACAAGGCUUACAUUAGCGAGAUAGUAUUUUCCUCCAUGUUUUUAGCGUUUGUCUUGCAUUCAGAAGCAGUGAAGCUGAAAAUGCAGUCUGCUGUAGAAAGAGAAGGAACUCCUGGUGAUGCUGUCAAUUUGCAAACUGUCGAGAAUAUAUCACAGGGAGAUGCUGAUAUAGAUAUGGAAAUAGAUGAUACCAACAGCAUAGAAGAUACAAUCUUUGCAAUGAACAAUCAUAAAGACCAAUCAUCCACAAAGACCACAAGCUUAACUCUGACGGAGCUGGCUCAACAGAUGGCUGUUGAUGAUGAUGAUGAUGACAUUGUGAACUCUGUAUGUGAUAGCAGUCAUGUCUUCGUUGGGGGUUAUAAGGUAAAAUCUGAAGACUCGGGCCUCCUCGGCUCUAUUCUUUCCAAGCAUGGGGAUAUUGCUGAUAACUGCAAUUUCAAAACACCAUCAGUUCGUUCUCUGUUCAUACAACAUGUAUGUGACAUUGUUCAAACUUUGAAGAAGACUAGUAUUGCAUUCAUCACUACGAGUGAGCUUGAAAAGAUGGUAGCUGGCCUUAGUGAUAUUGAAGGAGCAUGUAUAGAAGUUGGAUGGCUCAAAGAGAGGCUCGUUGAGAUUUACGAAGCAAAGAAAGCUAUCCCUAUGCUUGGGCCAUCAUCCGAAUUGAGAAAGACUCAAACUGAACGGAAAUUCAAGAUUCAGUGUACAAAAGCACUUGUGGAAGAGUACAAGAGAGAGAUUGUUAUUAGAGAGGAAGAACUUCGCAAUUUAGAGGAAAAGUUGCGCAUGGAUGAGAGUGUACUUUCUGUUGACGAAGAGGAGGCUACGACAGCAGAAAUGGUGAUUGGUGAGUACAAGGACAAGUUGAGGCGCAUUGUGGAGUUAGGCUCCUUGCAUUGUGGUCUAGUAUGAUUGUUACUUUCGACAAACAGUCACAUUCGGGGUCUACACUCCGAGGAUUGCGCCUUAUGCGAGGAAUUUGAUGUGGUUCGUGAGCAAUGGGCUAAGUUUUUUACCAACAAGUAUUUAUUAUUGGCUUUAGCGCGCUUGAUCGAGUUGGUUUAGUUGUUAUAGAAUAAAUUUUAUAUUAAAAUGCAUGUUUAUGUUGAAAUUGGAACAUAUAUUUAAAUGUAAUAUGUGCACUUUGGUUUUGGGAUAUAUAGUAUACAAAACUCCAGUUGUUGUUUUUAUAUUUGUUAUACAGGUUG